AUGUCCGGCGUCGACGCCCCCGAAAUCAAGACCGCCUAUGAUGAUGUGCGCUCCGACACCUCCGAAACGAAUUGGCUCAUCAUCUCCUACGCAUCCGCGUCGGGCGACAAGCUGAUCCUCUCCGAAACGGGCACCGGCGGCCUACCCGAGCUCCAAUCCAAACUCGACCCUUCGCAGGCGCAGUACGCCUACGUCCGCGUCGAGUACGCGAAUGACACCGAGUCCAAGCGUGUGAAGUUCGUCCUCGUCAUCUGGAUCGGCGAGGGGACCAAGGUGAUGCGGAAGGCGCGGGUGAGCAUCGAGAGCGGCGCCGUGAAGCGCGUAUUGGGACACCACAGCAUCCAGGUCGAUGCGAGGGACAAGGGGGAUCUGGACGAGGGGGACAUUGUGGUGCGGUUGAGGAAGGCCGGGGGCGCAGAUUACAAUGGAGGGCGCGGGUAG